GGCGUGGAGAGGGGCAUGGGGAGGGGCGGCAUGAUGGGCGGCAUGAUGGGCGGCAUGAUGGGCGGCAUGAGGGGCGGCAUGAGGGGCGGCAUGAUGGGCGGCAUGAGGGGCGGCAUGAGGGGCGGCAUGAGGGGCGGCAUGAGGGGCGGCAUGAUGGGCGGCAUGAGGGGCGGCAUGAGGGGCGGCAUGAUGGGCGGCAUGAUGGGCGGCAUGAUGGGCGGCAUGAGGGGCGGCAUGAGGGGCGGCAUGAUGGGCGGCAUGAUGGGCGGCAUGAUGGGCGGCAUGAGGGGCGGCAUGAGGGGCGGCAUGAUGGGCGGCAUGAUGGGCGGCAUGAGGGGCGGCAUGAGGGGCGGCAUGAUGGGCGGCAUGAGGGGCGGCAUGAGGGGCGGCAUGAUGGGCGGCAUGAUGGGCGGCAUGAUGGGCGGCAUGUGGGGCGGCAUGAGGGGCGGCAUGAUGGGCGGCAUGAGGGGCGGCAUGAGGGGCGGCAUGAUGGGCGGCAUGAGGGGCGGCAUGAGGGGCGGCAUGAUGGGCGGCAUGAUGGGCGGCAUGAGGGGCGGCAUGAGGGGCGGCAUGAUGGGCGGCAUGAGGGGCGGCAUGAGGGGCGGCAUGAUGGGCGGCAUGAUGGGCGGCAUGAUGGGCGGCAUGAGGGGCGGCAUGAGGGGCGGCAUGAUGGGCGGCAUGAUGGGCGGCAUGAGGGGCGGCAUGAUGGGCGGCAUGAUGGGCGGCAUGAGGGGCGGCAUGAGGGGCGGCAUGAUGGGCGGCAUGAGGGGCGGCAUGAUGGGCGGCAUGAUGGGCGGCAUGAGGGGCGGCAUGAGGGGCGGCAUGAUGGGCGGCAUGAGGGGCGGCAUGAGGGGCGGCAUGAGGGGCGGCAUGAUGGGCGGCAUGAUGGGCGGCAUGAGGGGCGGCAUGAGGGGCGGCAUGAGGGGCGGCAUGAUGGGCGGCAUGAUGGGCGGCAUGAGGGGCGGCAUGAGGGGCGGCAUGAUGGGCGGCAUGAUGGGCGGCAUGAUGGGCGGCAUGAGGGGCGGCAUGAUGGGCGGCAUGAUGGGCGGCAUGAUGGGCGGCAUGAGGGGCGGCAUGAUGGGCGGCAUGAUGGGCGGCAUGAGGGGCGGCAUGAGGGGCGGCAUGAUGGGCGGCAUGAGGGGCGGCAUGAUGGGCGGCAUGAGGGGCGGCAUGAGGGGCGGCAUGAGGGGCGGCAUGAUGGGCGGCAUGAGGGGCGGCAUGAGGGGCGGCAUGAUGGGCGGCAUGAUGGGCGGCAUGAUGGGCGGCAUGAGGGGCGGCAUGAGGGGCGGCAUGAUGGGCGGCAUGAGGGGCGGCAUGAGGGGCGGCAUGAUGGGCGGCAUGAGGGGCGGCAUGAUGGGCGGCAUGAUGGGCGGCAUGAGGGGCGGCAUGAGGGGCGGCAUGAUGGGCGGCAUGAGGGGCGGCAUGAGGGGCGGCAUGAUGGGCGGCAUGAGGGGCGGCAUGAGGGGCGGCAUGAUGGGCGGCAUGAUGGGCGGCAUGAGGGGCGGCAUGAGGGGCGGCAUGAUGGGCGGCAUGAUGGGCGGCAUGAUGGGCGGCAUGAGGGGCGGCAUGAUGGGCGGCAUGAUGGGCGGCAUGAGGGGCGGCAUGAGGGGCGGCAUGAUGGGCGGCAUGAUGGGCGUGGGGAGGGGCGCACCCCGUUGGGCGCCCAGGCGAGGUCGAGCACGUCAGCGGAGUGGCCUGUGA